AAUUUAUGAUUAUGCCACUGACUUUGUUUGAAUUCACAAUAGUGCCACUGAGUUUGCUUGGCAGAUAUCUUGUUUGCAUGCAUUAAUUCUCAAAAGCCUGUAUUGAUGCAUGAUGCACUGAAGGAGAGACAGGGGCUUGUUUGGCACAUUGGCAAAAUUCUGUUUCCCUCUUCUUCUUUUUUCUUUUUCUUUUUUUUUUAAUUUAAAUUUUUUGCAUUGGAUGCUUUCACAUGGGUUGCUCCCCACCUUUUAUCUUUCUGCAGUGUGUGGGCUGGCUGCAUUUCUCUUUCUCAUUUUCUUCUCUCUCUUUCUUCUCCUCUUUCUUCUUGUUCUUCUUCAAGACCCAAACCCGAGGUCAAUUCAGAAGUCCCAUUUCGGAAGCUCCGAUCAGAAAACUUUCUUCUUGUUCCCAACUCUUGACAGAGUUUUUGACAUUUGCUUCGAUUUUAUCAGUCGAGAGCAAAUGUGAGGUUAAGGAAGAGGCGCAUCCAAUUAUCAAACAAUACGGAUUACCAUAUCACCACUGAACCAGCAGCCUCUUUGCAUAUAUGCAUGUUUAUAUAUUAGUCUGCAGCAUCUUUCUUGAUCUGGAGGACUAUCUGUCUCUAACUUAAUUACUAGCUCUCUUAUACUUAUUUGUGGAGAUUUUUUGGACCUAGCGUUAUUUGCAUAUAUGCAUGUUUUGACAGGUUUGCAGGUUUUGGAUAGGGAUAUGUCUUCUUCUUCUUCUUCUUCUUCUUCUUCUUCUUCUUCUUCUUCUUCUUCUUCUUCUUCUUCUUCUUCUUCUUCUCUUCCUUUUCCUGCUCCCCUUCAAGAAAAGUUCGCUGUGUUUCUUAGUUUCAAAGGUGAGGACACAUGCGAAGCUGUUACCAGCCAUCUUCAUGCGGCUUUACUUCGGAAGCAAAUUGAGACCUACAUAGAUAACAGACUUGAGAAAGGAGACGACAUUGGACCUUCCCUUAAAGAAGCAAUCAAGAAAUCGAAAAUUGCACUAGUCAUUUUUUGUCGCAUAGAUCCAUCAGAUGUACGAAAACAGCAGGGAACUUAUGCACUUGAAGAUCAUCCAGUUAAGCGCAGUAGGGAUGAGGUGGCCAACUGGAGGGCUACUUUGGAGGAAGCAGCCAAUAUGUCUGGGUUUCAUUAUUCAAGCAAAACAGGGACAGAGGCCGAUUUUGUUGAGAAAGUUGUUCAAGAUGUUUUGACCAAAUUGAAUAACAAAUCGUCAAGUGAUUUAAAGGGUCUAGUUGGAAUUGAAAAGAAAAUUGAAGCUGAACGCCUUGAAAAGUCACUUGAAGAUCUGACAGGACUAAACGAAAUUGGAAGCCUUGAAAUAACUAAAGCUGACGAGUCUGAAGCUAACGACGGCGAUGGAGUAGAAGCAACCGAAACCAAUAAAGGCUCUCCUGGAGGAGAUGAGAUCAGCCCCGAUACUCAAAAAAAGGACCAACUUGGCGAUGUUACUUCGAGAGCAAAUGUGGAUGACAAUAUCACCACUGAACCAGCAGCCUCUUCCUCUUCUCCUGCCACUCGUCAAUGGAGACAUCUCACGACAAUUAAACCGUGCCUAUUUGACGUAUGAGACGAACUAUCUAGUUGGAAUAGACUCUCACAUACAAUAAAUGAAUGAUCUUUUAGGUGUAGGAGCAGCUGAUGUUCGCAUGGUAGGUAUAUGGGGGAUGGGUGGAAUAGGUAAGACAACACUUAGUAAAGCUGUUUAUAAUUCAGUUGCCCGUAAGUUUGCAGGUUCCUGCUUUUUGGGAAAUGUUAGAGAAAAUUCAGAGGCACCAGGAGGCUUAGUCCAACUACAAAAGACUCUUCUUCAUGACAUUCUCGGGCUGAAAAUAUCGAGUCUCACAAAUGCUGAUUCAUGAGUCAAUAUCAGUAAGAGUAGGUUGCGCCACAAAAGGGUUCUCCUAAUUAUUGAUGAUGUGGAUCAAUUGGACCAGUUAAAAUACUUAGCUGGAAGCUCUGAUUGGUUUGGUGCCGGCAGUAGAAUUAUCAUAACAACUA